AUGAAGCUCAACCCGGCCAAGUGUGCCUUCGGUGUCCCUUCGGGAGAAUUCAUCGGCUAUAUUGUCACUCAACGAGGAAUCGAGGCUAACCCCAAGCAGAUCUCGGCGAUCCUCGAUCUUCCAAGCCCGAAGAACAGCCGCGAAGUACAGCGACUAACCGGAAGGAUAGCAGCUCUCAACAGGGUCAUCUCGCGAUCAACCGAUAAGCGUCUCCCCUUCUACGAGCUACUAAGGGGCAACAAGAGGUUCGUCUGGGACGAGAAAUGCGAAGAGGCGUUCAAUCAGCUAAAGUAUUACCUCACAACCCCCCG